CAAACACUUCCUUGUCAUUAUCUGAAUAAUCAACAACAAAAUAAACGCAAGUAAUACGUUUACAGGCGUGUUUACAUUUUAAAACUUUGUUUCAUCAUUCUCACAAAUAUUGUCACGGGAUUAAAAGUGUUAAGCGAUGACUAAUCCAGAGAACCCCAAAACAGCUGAAAGUAUCUAUGAUUUUACUGUAAGAGAUAUAAAGGGUAAUGAUGUCCCACUUGCAAACUACAAAGGACACGUAUGCCUAAUUGUUAAUGUUGCAUCCGAGUGUGGGUUAACAGACUCGAAUUAUGAAGCUUUGAAUGAACUUUAUGACAAGUAUGGUGAAAGUCAAGGGCUUAAGAUUCUUGCCUUUCCAUGCAAUCAGUUUGGACAUGAAGAAUCUGGAACCCAGGACGAAAUCUGCGAGUUUGCCUCCAAGAAAAACGUGAAAUUUUAUUUAUUCGACAAGAUUAAUGUGAACGGCAAUGAUGCGCAUCCACUAUGGAAAUAUCUGAAAUAUAAGCAAGGUGGAGCUUUGGGCGAUUUUAUAAAAUGGAAUUUCACCAAAUUCAUUGUCGAUAAGGAGGGACACGUUGUGGAGAGGCAUGGACCAACAACAAAUCCAAAAGAUAUUAAAUCAUUGGAAAAAUAUUUCUAAACAUAACAACUUAUUUAAACCUUUUGAAGAGUAUUUUGUAAUAGACCGCUUCCAUUUUUCCAAAUAUUUGGUAGUUGUAGUUAUAUUGCUUUAAAUUCCAAGAGGUUUACAUAUUUAUAUAUCUAUCGUAUUCAUACUGAACUUAUUUUUAAAUGUUCAUGUAGUUAUUCUAGUUGAAUAAUUAUAUUAAUCCUUGCAGUCCCCCAAGUGUACGCACAAUUGUUCGAUUGCUGCAGCAAAUUGUGCUUCCUAUAUUUAUUAUAUGUUGAAAUAAAAAUUGAGAUAAACCUCA